GGCCUUCCUUCGCAUUCAGAAACGAUUCACGAGCGGAAACACACACCUGCGCGCAUCAUGAAACAUCGGUGCGUGCACCAUUUCUCGCAAAUUAGUUGCUCGUUGUGAACAAGUUGUAGUUGCAAUGGCCUCUCCAACCGCCAAGCCUCAGGGCUUUUACUCGUCCGGCUUCUGGGUCGACUACCUCUCAACGCAGCGCAGCAAACUCCCUGCUCUGCCCGACGUCGACGAAGACAUCUCUGGCUGCGUCGUGCGGUUCCUCGGCGGAAACCCGGGAAACAUGCAGCUCCAGGGGACCAACACGUACCUCGUCGGCACCGGCAGCACCAGGAUACUCAUCGACACGGGCGAGGGCUUCCCUCAAUGGGCCAAGAGGGUGACCCGAUACCUCGAAGACCACGACCUGUCAAUCUCGCAUGUGCUUCUCACACACUGGCACGGUGAUCACACGGGCGGCGUGGCCGACCUCGUCGCCUAUGACGCCCGCACAACGGUUCACAAACACACGCCCGACCCGUUUCAGCACGCCAUCGCUGACGGGCAGGUCUUCCGGACGGAGGGCGCGACGCUGCGGGCGGUAUUGACGCCGGGGCACACGACGGACCAUGCAUGCUUCGUGCUGGAAGAGGAGAGCGCGCUCUUCACCGGUGACAAUGUGCUGGGUCAUGGAUAUAGUGUGGCCGAGGAUCUGGGCGCCUACACGGCGAGCUUGCGGCUCAUGGCGCGUCUGGAGUGCCGAGUCGGCUACCCCGGCCACGGCGUCGUGAUCCGCGACCUUCCGCGGAAGCUGGCCAUGUACAUUGCCCAGCGGGAAGCGCGGGAGCGCCAGAUCUAUGCUGCCGUGUUGCAGAAUAGUAGUAGUAGCAGCAGCAGCAGAAGUAACAGUAGUGGCGAGGGCGAGGGUCUGUCCACCACCGACAUCAGCCGUGUUCUCUACGGGGCUGUCUCCGAGGACAACGCAGCCUUUGAAUCGGCUUUAAAACCGCUGCUGAAUCAGGUCUUAUUCAUGCUGGCCGAGCACGGCAAGGUAGGCUCCAAGCUGGUCGGACUGGACAAAACGAGGCAUUGGUUUGCGAGAGCCCAAUCUAUGUAGUGUAUUUAAAUUGCGCAUUUCAAAAAGUGUUGAUUUACGGUGCAGUUGGAUUGUCUAUUGUAGACAAAAUUGCGAUGUUAAUUGCAG